AGUGCCAUAGUAAUUUGUUUUUAAUAUGAACACACACGAGUUGUGACUUGACCCCACAACGACAUACGACACACGACACACAACUCAUCUAAACUCAUACCAGCAAGUAAUAAAACAGACACGCGUACACAAACAAACGAAAUUCGUUACACCAUGCCUCCAUAUUGCUGCGGCGGACGGCUCUGUGCCGAGGACGUGACCCGUGAACGACGACGGAUGAUGCAAGAGCAAGGAUAUGACACAGCAGAUGAAUCGCUCACAGUUCCUGGUGACUAUGUGCGUCCAUUGAGCUUGAAGUUCUAUGCUCGCCAUGACUGGCCCUACUUUAAUUGCACUGAUGACGAAAUACAGAAAAUGCGGGCUCAGCAUGAUCCGGAAUCCUUGAAGUUGUCCGCCAAACUGUCUCCCACUGUCGCUGAGAAGGGCACUGCCAAGGAGCCAACCAGAUUUGUUGUUAAGCGUGCCACAGCUGUGCCGAUAACCGAGAAUCAAAUCUAUGGAUGGUAUGAGGAUCGAGCCCAUCGCUACUUGAAAAGGGAUCGUGGCGUGUUCGUAUUUCCGCGCGAGGCUGAUCCCAUGAUCCAACAAAUUCUCACCGAUCGCAUGCAGAAUGGUGGAUUGUCGCGUUAGGCAGAAGUCUCCACCCAGUAGGCCCAUAGUAAAUUUAUGUUGAUCGCAAUUCAUUUUAAUUUGAAAGCAAGCUAAAAUUUUCAACAAAAUUAUGGAACAACAAAUGGAAAUAAAACAAACA